AUGUCGGGCGCGAAGACUAUCGCGAACGCGGCGAACGCGGCCUCCCGGACAUCGAAUUGGCAGAAAUAUACUGUCCAACCUACCGGAAUCUACGCAAAGAUUAACAAUCUGCUUGCGAUUGACCCCAAACGCUCCACCGGUAUCCCGCUCAACCCACAAUUCCGCAAUCCAGCACCUGGCGCCAAUGACCCCAAACUCUUCGACGAUCCCGUCACACUCCCAGCCGCAGACAUCGCCGACAACCCCUACUGGAAGCGUGAUGUUCGUCGUAGCUACCCCAAGCUUAGCGUGGUGAGCCAAUCGGACGUCGUGGCCCUGCUCACAGUGGGAAGCGCAGCUGCGCCAAAGGAUGAUGUGUUGCAAUUGGGUGAAGCUGGAACAAAGCAGCUGGCACAGGUGAAGGAGGAGGGCGAGCGAGGAUUGAGCCCACACUUCCAGCAGAACUCGGCCAGUCUUCAGGCAGUACUGGGCCCUGACGGACUUCCGCCACGGCCACCAAGUCUGCACCGUGCAAACAGGACCUACGAGAUGGUCAAGGAUGAGGAGCAGACGUAUGGUACCGACUACCCUUGCCGAACUUUCAUAUGA